CCUCCACCAAAUAGCACCGGGCAACCGGGGUUUUUGGCACGGGUCGUGGUGGUGCGGGUGCCCGCGAUGGUCGGUGGCAUGGGUACCUCUCGAGCUACUCAUCUCCGUUUCUUGGCCUGCCUGCUCUUACUAGAAUCCCCGACUACCCGGCUCCAUUUCUUCGCCCGGCCCGUUCUUCAUCUUGCUGUUUCUCGAUACUGACUUCAUCUCUGGCGCAGACUCUCAUCAUGGCCCCAACCAAGCGCGCCAGUAGCUCUAUUCCUAAGGGCUAUGCCGAGGACAAUUCAAAGGGCCCCAUGCUGAGGUUCCAGGACUCCUUGCCCCGGCUGCCCGUGCCUUCCCUCGACGAGACCGCCAAGCGCUAUCUCAAGACCCUCCGCCCUCUCCUCUCUCCCGCCGAGUAUGAGGCCAGCGAGAAGGCUGUCCAAGAAUUCAUUCGCCCUGGCGGCGUUGGCUCCAAGCUCCAGGAGAAGCUCACCGCCCGCCGUGAGGAUGCCAACACCAAGAACUGGAUCUACGAUUGGUGGAAUGAAGCCGCCUACCUGGCGUAUCGCGACCCAGUCGUUCCCUACGUCAGCUACUUCUACUCACACCGAGAUGACCGCCGUCGUCGAGACCCCUCCAAGCGUGCUGCUGCCAUUACCACCUCGGUUCUUGAGUUCAAGAAAAUGGUCGACGCUGGCACCCUCGAGCCAGAGUACAUGAAGAAGCUCCCCAUCUGCAUGGACAGCUACAAGUGGAUGUUCAAUGCCUCUCGCGUCGCUGCCAAGCCCGCCGACUACCCUGUCAAGUUCUCCCCUGACGAGCACAAGCACAUCAUCGUCAUCCGCAAAAAUCAGUUUUUCAAGAUUCAGCAUGAGGUCGAUGGCAAGCAGCUCAACACCUCGGAGCUAGAGCAGCAGUUCAAGCGUGUGUACGAAGCUGCUUAUCGUGUUCCCGCUGUCGGCGCUCUGACCUCGGAGAAUCGCGACAUCUGGACCGAUGCCCGUGAGAUCUUGCUGCAAGCCAGCCCCAAUAACAAGGCUGCCCUCGAAGCCAUCGAGGCAGCCUCGUUCGUUGUUUGCCUGGACGAUGCCGCCCCUGUCACCUCCGAGGAGCGUGCCCACCAGUACUGGCAUGGCGACGGUGCCAACCGAUGGUAUGACAAGCCGCUCCAGUUCAUUGUCAAUGACAAUGGCACUUCUGGCUUCAUGGGCGAGCACUCCAUGAUGGAUGGAACCCCUACCCACCGCCUAAACGACUACGUCAAUGACCUAAUCUUCGGAAACAAGCUCGACUUUUCUGACCCGAGCAUCCGCUCCAAUCUCCCUGAACCUCAGCUUGUUAAGUUUGACAUCGACCAAAAGGUUCAGACUGAGAUUGACCGUGCCACCAAGGACUUCCACGACGUCAUCUCCCAGCACCAGCUUGCCGUCCAGGGUUACCAGGGCUACGGCAAGGGUCUCAUUAAGAAGUUCAAGUGCUCUCCUGAUGCCUACGUCCAGAUGAUCAUUCAGCUGGCCUAUUUCAAGAUGUACGGCAAGAGCCGUCCUACAUACGAGUCUGCUGCUACUCGACGCUUCCAGCUCGGCCGCACUGAGACGUGCCGGACCGUGUCUGAUGAGUCGGUGGCCUGGUGCCAGGCCAUGGAGGACGGCUCGUUGGACGACAAGACACGUGUGGACCUCUUCCGAAAGGCCAUCAACGGCCACCUCGAGUACAUUACCGCUGCCUCCGAUGGGAAGGGUGUCGAUAGACAUCUCUUCGGACUCAAGAGGCUCCUCGAACCCGGCCAGGAUGUGCCCUCCAUCUACAAGGAUCCUGCCUUCGCCUACUCUGCUUCUUGGCACCUGUCCACCUCUCAACUGAGUUCCGAGUUCUUCAACGGCUACGGCUGGAGCCAAGUCAUUGACGCCGGGUUCGGCAUUGCGUACAUGAUCAACGAGAACAGCCUGAACUUCAACGUCGUUUCCAAGGGUCUGGGAAGCGAUCGAAUGAGCUACUACUUGAGCGAAGCUGCCAGCGAGAUGCGCGACCUACUCAUUCCCACCCUUGAGCCACCCAAGGCUAAGCUGUAGAGUUGGGGAUUCAUAUUUAUGUAGACAGACGGUUGGCGCCAUCCAUAGUCGAUGUGCGCGGAAGGAGUUAUUCUAG